ACCCAACAUUGACAUGUGUUAGGGGUGUGUGUGUGUGUGUUUAUUGUAAAGUCCCUAAACCAGUUUUACUUGCAACUCAGCUAACCACCCCUUUCUUUCUCAUCUUUUUCUUCUUGUCUCAUAGCAGCAGCACCUAUCUCAUAACCAUGGCGGUGCCCCUGUGCCCCUCACCCCUCACCCUGCCGGUCUCCACCCCUCUCAGCUGGGUGGUUCAGCUGGUCUCCUGGCUCUAUCAGGAGCACUUGGUGCUGUUCCUCCUCACAUGUUGGGAAAAGAGGGCAGUGACAAGAAGCCCCACAUGUCCGGGCCAGACUCGCACCCUACAGGACCCGAGCACCUGAGAGAGCGAGAGCCCAGCACAAGUAACUCACUGCUGCCAGAAAGUCUUAGGAACUCAGAUAAGCGACGCAACGGACCCGAGUUUCCAAAUGACACCAAGAAACGCAAGGUGGAUGACAAGGACUCCAGCCACUAUGACAGCGAUGGAGAGAAAAGCGAUGAUAAUUUAGUGGUGGAUGUCUCGAAUGAGGAUCCAGCCUCCCCUCGCGGUACACCUCUCCCAUCCCCGAGAGAGAAUGGCCUGGAUAAAGCACGUCUUCUCAAGAAAGACCCCUGUAGUCCUGCCUCAACUGCAUCAUCAGCCAGCUCCUCCUCGCUCAAGUCCAAAGAGAUGGCAAUG